UCUGUCGGCAUCGUCGGCGGUGGUGUUGCGGGUCUGUACGCCGCGAUUUUACUUCGCAGAAAAGGCCACCGCGUCCACAUCUUCGAGGCUAGCAAUCGCGUAGGGGGUCGCAUCUACACCCAUCACUUCUCCCCCGAGAGGAACCAGUACUUCGAAGCAGGCGCGAUGCGUAUCCCCCAAUCCAAAUUUCAACAAAUCCUGUUCGACCUGAUCCAGUAUCUCAACUCAUACCCUGGUCUGCCAAAAGACAAGCAUAUUAACCUCAUCGACUACAUUCUGAACAGCGAGGGCAAUCUUCUGCACGUAAACGGUGAUAGUCGCGAUGGGCAGGAUGUCAAUAAUGUCACGCCCGCUGACAUCAACUGGGAUGUUCCGGAUGAAUAUAGGCACAAGACGGCUGGCUCUUUACUUCAAAGCGUCCUUGACCCGCUCGUGAAGCCGUUGUUGGACGAUUUUGACACAGGUUUCGCAAAGCUUCUUACGCUUGACGAUUUUCCCUUCCGUUUCUAUCUCAAGUCGAUCGCUCAAUGGCCUGACUCAGUCGUCGACUUCGUUGAGACCAUAUGCUCGCAGACGAAUCAGUUUGCGCUCAGUGUCGUCGAACUUGUCAUGCAAAAUAUCGAUUUCGGCACCAAGCAGUGGUUCACGAUCGACAGAGGGAUGGAUCGCUUGCCUCAGGCCAUGGCUCACAUCAUCAAAUACAAUAACAUCACGUUCGGCGCGCGCGUUACCAGUAUCCGCCCAGACAAAGACCAAAAUGACAAGAUUGUGAUCACCGCCAACGGCUACAAUGGAACCCUUCGCGCAGUCUUCGACAAAGUCAUUCUCGCCAUCCCUCCAGCUUCGCUCAAGAUGCUUGCCGAUCGCCCUCUCUGGCAUCCGCAAAAGGAGAUGGCGAUUCGUUCGAUGCAUUUCGAGUCGCUCUACAAGAUGGGUAUGCGUUUUAAGACCCGUUUUUGGGAGCGCGAGACCCCAAAGACGAAGGGUGGACAGUCGACGACGGACCUUCCUAUCAGGUGGAUCGUAUACCCGUCGAAUGGGAUUGAUGAUGAAGGCCCGGGGGUACUGUUGGUGUACGCUUGGAUGACAGAUUCCCAGACAUGGCUUCCCUUUUCCCCUUACGAGCGUCGCAGUCUCGCUCUGUAUUGCUUGAGCUUGGUCUACCCCGACUCCGGUGUAUACGAUCUGCUCAUCGAAACCUUCGAUGUUGCUUGGUCGACCCGCUCAGCGACAGGCGACGCUAUGUUCCUUCCUGGUCAGUUUAUAGCACGCUUUGAGCCUGCUCGUAAGCCAGAAGGGAGUGUCUACUUUGCCGGGGAGCAUCUGUCGCGUCAUCACACGUGGAUUGCCGGCGCCCUCGAGUCUGCCUCGUACACGGUCGGGCAGAUA